GAUUGGCAACGACCAGCUGUUUAAUCGUUGCACGUGUAUUAUUUUGGUUUUGAAUUUUUGCUGGUUUAUGAUUUAAAGUGUGGUUUAUUAGUUAAAAUAUCAUUGAAAAUGGCUAGAAGACCAGAGCAUUCAGCACCACCAGAAAUAUUCUACAACGACAAUGAGGCAAAGAAAUAUUCAACAAACACUCGCAUCAUCGAAAUUCAAGUGGAAAUGGCCGAGCGGGCCCUGGAACUGCUGGCCUUUCCCGACGACGAUGAAUCGCGCUUCAUUUUGGACAUUGGCUGUGGGUCUGGUCUGUCGGGCAGCGUUCUGGAGGACAGCGAACACAUGUGGAUCGGCAUAGACAUAUCCAAGUCGAUGCUAGACAUUGCCGUCGAGAGGGAGGUGGCCGGUGAUGUGAUACUGGGGGACAUGGGCGAGGGAAUGCCCUUCAGGCCGGGCACUUUCGAUGGCGCGAUCUCAAUUUCGGCGCUCCAGUGGCUCUGCAAUGCCGACAAAUCCUACCACAAUCCACACAAACGUUUGCUCAAGUUCUUCACCACACUCUUCUCCUGCCUCACGCGAACGGCCCGAGCCGUUUUCCAGUUCUACCCGGAGAACUCCGAUCAGAUCGAAAUGGUCACAUCGCAGGCCAUGAAGGCCGGCUUCUACGGCGGGCUGGUGGUGGACUAUCCCAAUUCUGCCAAGGCCAAGAAAUACUACUUGGUGCUGAUGACGGGCGGUGCGGCUGAGCUGCCGAAGGCUUUGGGUGCAUCGGCGGAGGAAGAGCGUCGUGUGAACUACAUAAAGAAGCGCGAUGCGUGCCGCGAUGCCCGUGGCAAGGCCCCGAAGAAAUCACGAGACUGGAUUUUGGCCAAGAAGGAGCGCAGACGUCGCCAGGGCUUGGAGACCCGUCCGGACACAAAGUACACGGCACGCAAACGUACAGGAAAAUUUUGAUUAAAGAGAUCCCGUGCGAGUCUUACACACAA